CACCCAUAGCAAGUUAAUGAUCAGGCAGAGAAAACGGUAACCGUUAGCUGUCUCCAGUAUCUUUAUUUUCUGAUAAAACAAUUGUUAGACCAUUAAUUGUUGAAAAUCACAUAAAUGGCUCAUCUUUUCCAGGGGUCUUGAUUUAAACGUACAGUACUUUAAAAGAUUGAUCUAUAGCUAGCCCCCAGAUGGCACGCCUACCCCAUGCAGCCGUACCCUUCUCCUUUUUAUUGGACCACUGGCCGAGCGGAAAAGCUUCUAACGUAACUUGUGUGGAUAAGACUGAUGCUGCAACUGGACAGAUUGUGCUGUUAUAAUGCGAUAUAUUACAUAAGCCAUCAUUUUCCAAAAUAUGUGUUUUUUUUAACACCGAGAAGGAAAAUAUAAAACCCUUACAAUUGUGGUGACAUCGGUCCGUCCAUCUUUGCAAAACGCAGUCAAAUUACUGGGAGGAUGUUUUGAACGCGGACCGAAACUUGAGAUCUGCAUUGUUUGCUGCAUCCGAACUGACCUCUGGCCACUUGAUACACAGCUGCGGGUGGCUUUCCCCACACUGGAGUGCUGCUGCUGGUAGAGAUCACCUACUGUGCACAGAGAAAUUAUAAGCCUUGAGCAAGAGCCUGCUAUCUGGUAGCAACACCGAAAACACAGAGAAAUAAUCCAGUCAUCAAGUGAAAAACUCAUUUCAGUUUUUCUUGUUUGACUGUGGCAAAGACUUUUAUUUGUUGUUUCCUUUCAUUAAACACAUGUGCUGCUUUGUGACUGUCAGCUGCAAAGGGCAUAGUAACGCUGGAAUUUGCCAUCUGCAAGUAUCAUGUGCUUCUCCUCGGCAUUCUUCAAGCUGUCGCGGAAAGUCAAGUUCUUGGUGCUGGUUGGCUUCUGUGUGAUGAUCCUGACUUGGAUUGCCACCUUUGGCAAUGUGACCAACGCAGUCAGAGACCGGCCACAAUUGGUGGAGCUGAUGAGGUCACAGAAGGUUGUGACUGAGGGAUUGAGAAACGCAGAGGAGUCGGAAUGGGGGAAUCGCCAUCCUUCUCCAGCCCCAGUGGCCACACUCCAGCCCUGCCCUGCGCUUUCUCCUCAUCUACGUGGUCUGCUGGCACUCUCCUUCAAGCCCUCUCUAACACUGGCCGAGGUGGAGCAGGAGAAUGCCCAGGUGGUGGAGGGGCAGUAUGAGCCUGCGGAUUGCCAGCCCCGCCAGAGCGUUGCCAUUCUGAUCCCCCACCGCAGCCGCGAAAAGCACCUGCUCUACCUGCUGCAGCACCUGCACCCUUUCCUGCAGCGUCAGCAGCUGCACUACGCCAUCUACAUCAUCCACCAGGCUGGGAAUGUGAAAUUCAAUCGAGCCAAGCUACUGAAUGUAGGGUACCUGGAGGCUCUGAAGGACUAUAAGUGGGAUUGCUUCAUCUUCCACGACGUCGACCUGGUCCCAGAAAACGACUUGAACUUGUACGUCUGCGACAGCCAGCCCAAACACCUCGUGGUGGGGAGGAAUGCCACGGGAUACAGGCUGCGCUAUAAAGGCUAUUUUGGAGGAGUGACUGCUAUGACGAGGGAGCAGUUCUCCAAAGUGAACGGCUUUUCAAAUACAUACUGGGGCUGGGGAGGAGAAGAUGAUGACCUGAGGAUAAGGGUUGAACUUCAGAGAAUGAAGAUUGUUCGUCCGUCCCCUGAAGUAGCCCACUACACGAUGAUCUUCCACACCAGGGACAAUGGCAACGAAGUGAAUAAAGACAGGAUGCGUCUCUUGAGCCGGACCUCCCGUGUGUGGAAGACGGACGGCCUGAAUUCCUGCACCUACAAGGAGCUGUCACUAGAGCGAGUGCCGCUCUACAUCAACGUCACUGUGGACAUUGGCAAGCCUCCGGGACAUCCCUAAGCCCAGGCUUUGUUAGAAGGAUAUCUUCCUGAAACCGAUGAAGUGAAAAGACACUGCUAGACUGUGUUAAAGAAAAAUGCUUGAAUCAACAGCAAGGAGAGCGAGCCACUGUGAACUUGUAAAACAGACCUGGGCAAUUUCUCUCACAAUGUGUUGCUAAAGAUUGUCUUUUUUCCCCCUCAAGUGUCCUUCAGAUUUCUAUUUGGGAUUUCUACAGUACCACCAGUAGAUGCGGGGUGCUGAAGGCCUGUGCUGUCUUCAUCACACGCGACUGUCGAAUCAAGUGAGCGCUUUUGUAAUUGUAUUCUAAUUCGAAUUCUGAGUCUGUGUAAAUGUAAUCUCUUUAUAAUCUUCAUUUACAUGUACAGUAUAUUUUUGCAAGGAAUUGUGAUUAAGCAAGCUGGGCUGGGAAGAGUAUAUGAUGCAUCAGAGUGUAAAAAAUUAAAUCGGUGUACAGCCAAUAAACACUGGAAUAACUGGAAGUGGUUACUCAAUUCAUGUUGACCACCCCUUUCCCAUUUAUUUAAAAAAACAAAAAAAAAACAAAAAAAAAACACUACAUUUCCCAGUGCAGCUGGGCAAUGUCCCUCCUUCCUGACUCGUAUCUAUAAUUGAUUCGUUCUGAAUACUUUAAACCCACCCCAACUACUGAGUGGCAGCACAUUCCUACUUUUCUAUUGGAGACGCUGCUUGCGAGAUUUAAACUGAGAUUACAAUUAGGAAUGGAGGCUUGUUCUAGGGAUUUAAAGCUGUAUUACAGUUAAGAUAUGGAGGAUUUAAAACAGAAUAGCAAAUUGUGGCGAAAUGUAAAAAAAAUGCCUACACACAACAUAACCCAGAUGAAUGUUCCCGUGACUAUAGGGAUUUAGUUGUGGAACACAGCAAAGGAAAGAAGGUAUGUGCUGUUGAGUUCCCAAGCAUUCUGGAAAGUAACCGAAAACAAUCAUUUCAUACAGUAUAUAAAGAGCGAAAUCCCCCCCAAUUUUUUUUUAACAUAAAACUCAAAUAGCUAAAAAUUUUAAUUAAUAAAAACUGAAAAACAGAAGCCCUAAUUAUAAUGAAUAUGACUCCUUUCUAUUACAAAAUAUUUUAAAAUGCCGUUCUGGAUUUCCUUUUAAAGAACCAAAACACCUGCCUUAUGAUUUGCGGUGAAAAUCCCAGCCUUCAAUAAAAUAGCCACUGUGACUGAGGAGGCAGUGUUUAUCAAAUACUAAGAUGAAUGUAUGGCAGUUAUACUGAAGUUCAGUGCAAUUGUAAAACUGAUGCUGAAAUGUAAAACUGAAGUGUCCAUGGAGCCUCAAUCACCAUGAUACAGGGUAUAGUGGGAUAUAUAUUUAAAUUGCUAUUACAAUCUGUUGAAUACUCAAUCAUUUCUUUUUCUUUUUUACAUAAUUUACUUUUCUGAUACAGUUCCUAGGCAUACAUGCAGACAGAAUGUUUUGCAUCACCCUAUAGCAUUAACUAAUUUUGAUUCGUAAAGUCGAAUGAAACCUGCUGAAUAAUGUUACGUCAACAUAUUGAAUUGCAUACUGCUUUGUAGUUUUCCAUAUAAUCAAUGAAGAACUGACAAAUUGCAAAUGGAAACUGGACUGGAAACUGGGCUAGUCCUAACCCAAAACAAAAUUAAACUUAAAAUAAAUAAAUAAAUACACACACAAAAAAAGAAUAAACUAAAUCUUAAAGUGGGGGCUUUCCCUUGGUUUCAAAGGGACCUGGAAUCUGGUCACAGGGGUUCCCUUAGUACCGUGUCCGCCUCCUGGUCACAGGUGGGAAUUGCGGGUCUAUGAUUCUGAAGGCACAAACAAGAGUCACUGUGGCAGCAAAGUAUGCUUUUUUCCCCUCGGGUCCUUUGGCUGCAGCUGAUCUCCUCCUAUGCUUUCCAAAACAUUAACUAACUCCCAAGCCACCACAGUCCCCUGAUAUGCUUGCAACAUCCACCUCCCCAAUCAGUGAUGCACUGAUCACUCGUUGGCAGACGUACCACCUUAAUCUUUGUAUUGAAGUGGGUAAGGUUGGAAACAUAAACCCGCCAUAGACACGGGUCUGUUCCAUCUUGACAAGGGAAGGACGUUAAUGGCUUUAGCGACUUUACCUGUCAGGAAGCCAAACUUCACAACUAAAUGUCCUUCACCCGGACACAGACACGUUUGGAAAUCUAACAUGAAAUACUGACUAACGAUUUAUGGCUUCCGGUAAACGUUUGCGAAAUCUUUUUUGUAGUUUCAUUGAUUUACAUGAUGUUAAAUAAAAUAUCUAAAUGUUCA